AACCCAGUGAAGAAAGUCACAAUGCAGAUUAUAAACCUGUCCUAUGACCGAUUCGUAAUUUAAAUUUGGCGCCAUAACUAGCAUAUGUUUGUCUCGACGACUGUGUACAGAUGCUUCAAAAGUUUUUUUCAACGUUGUCAGAGUUCUUCUAAUGAAGGACUUGCACAUAUGUAGAAUUGUAGGUUUUUAUUUGAAUUUGAAUGAUUUUAAUAGAAAAUCAUAUAAUUAGUAUAUAUAAAAAUAAUUUUACGAAGAAAUUUUAUUAAAACUGAUUAAUUAGAUAUUUAAAACCAACUACUGAACGCUAUUUUCGUAAAAAAAUUUUGGCAACAUUGGUUAAUUCGCUGGAACUUUGUUGGCUACAAACAAAAAGUCGUUAGCAACAAGUAGACAAACUGAAGUGUAGUAUUAAAAAAAUUGAAUCAUUUUUAUCGUUUUACAAAUGGAUUUAGAAAAAAAAAUUCCUCAUAUUGUUCAACAUUAAUUAUAGAAACAGUAUACAAGAUUUUCGUGUAAAACUAAUAAACCAACUCUACGCUUACACAUCAGCAAUUCCGAUAGAUUCUACCUCGAAUACCAAUGAUAAUGAAUCUUGGUUGAAGAAUUCCAGUUUUCAAAUAGAUUUACCAAACGUUUCGGAGAAUACUACUGAAAAACAAAAUAAAGAAAAAGCUGAAAAUAUCGCGAAAUUAACACAAAAGAAACGUAAACACAGUAAUUCGAAAAAGAGAGAAAUUAACGCAGACUUGAUAUCCAGUGAUGGAGAUUUAUUUCAUACAGAUUCAGGCGGUGCUAGAGAAUUAUUAACUGUGAAAACAAUAUCUAGACCUUCCGCUCCUAUUUACGAUUCAAAAUAUUGGAUAGAUGAUCCUAAAUUUAAGAAGCCUAGAUCAAUGAAAAGUAAAUUUAAACGUUAUCAUCAAUACCGAGAAUCUAAUUCAGAUGUUGAAGUUAAAAUAACAUCUAAGAAUUUAAAUGAUGUUGAUUUUACCCCCAGAGAUGAACACUUUAUUGGGUUCAAACAUGAAGAGGAAUUAAGUAGUAAAACAGGGUUUUACAAUAAGCACCUUGCUGAUAAUCCUCAUGAUAUAAAGAAAUGGUUAGAAUAUAUAAAUUUUCAAGAUACUAUUCAUUUGUUUGAGAAGAGUUAUAGAAAAGGUAGUGUGGCUAAAGGUCAAAGAGUACUAGCUGAAAGAAAAUUAUCUAUUUUACAUAAGGCAUUGGCACUUAAUCCUAUUAGUGAAAGUCUUCAAAGAGAAAGAUUAAAUAUUGCUGUUUCGACAUUUCCUGCUGACGAAUUACAGAAUUAUCUUCGGGAUGCAGUCGAAAAGGAUAAAAGCAACAUAAUAUUAUGGCAGGGUUACAUUGAAAGUACUCAAUGUUCAAUGUCUCAUUGCAAUGCACCUGUUGUUCUGGACUUGUACACAAAAUGCCUUUCCGUUCUACAUCAGCUCAGACGUGCUAGUUCAGUAGAAAGACAUACUUUAGAGGAAUGUAUUUUGAAAAUGUUGUAUCAAUGUGGACUAUUUUUAAAACAAGCCGGACUAUUCGAACAAUUAUGGACGGUAUUAAAGAUGUAUCUACAAUUAAAUUUAUCUCCGAACGAUAAUAAUCAAUUCAAUUUAUCUUCUGGUUGUUCAGAAACUCAGUUGAUGGAAUUAGAAGAUGUUAUUUUUACUUCGAAUUUACCCUUACACGAGUUAUGGUUACGUACUGAAAAAUUGAGGGAAGCAUGUCAUUGGUUACCAUAUUUGAAUGAUGAAAAAUACGAAGAUCCCCAGAGGAUGGUGUUUUCUGAAGACGUCGCACUUUUAAUACACCCUAUAACAAUGCCAGAAAACAUAUUUAAAUUAGCUGCUACAGUAUUUUCAUUAUUAAAAAUCCCUUUGUUGCCUUGUCGACAUACCACAAUGGGGGAAUUGGGUUUGGAUUACGUACCAUGGAAUUUGGAUUCCAUCGAACCGCUUUUAGCAAUUUUUUUUGCGCUUUAUCAUGUAGAAACUCCUAGAAAUUUAUGGAAUAAUGUAAGAUUAGCCGUUGGACCUCAAUAUCUUAAUAAAAUCCCUGGUCACGAAGAAUAUUUGAUGUUUGUUAUAACAAUAAUGGAAAGAACUGUUAAAUGUCUUACCGGUGAUGAUAAAAUAUCUUGUACAAUUUGGUUUUUCAAAUUCCAAAGGUUGUUGGUGAUUUUAGAUAAAUUAAAAUUAUUUACUAUGACUGAUACACUGAAGAAAUGUUUUAAGAAGAAUUUUAAAGAUUUUUUAAAGCUAGAAGAAAAUAGACAAAACGAAAUUUAUUAUCUAGAAUAUGCUUUACUAGAACUAGAAUUUGGUAACGUUGAAGGUUGUAUAAAAAUAAUAAGAGCCUCAUUAAACUUUAAUGUAGAAUUAUGUACAACAAAUAUAAGUAGUCGACAAAAAAAUUGGUGUUGUCUCUAUAGACACCUUGUGGAAAUAUAUGUUAGAAGAGGAAAAAAGGAUGAGGAAGUUAUUAAACUACUUUGUGAAAUGAGUCUACAAGAAGAUACCACAUUUAACGAAGAAACUUUAUGUCGAGCUAAAACGCGAUUUCAAACGGUGACUCAAAAUUUGAUAAAAGGCGUGCAAACAAAAUUGAAAUGCCGAGAUCACUUCUUACCGGAUUUCUUCACAGAUUGGCUCAUGUGUAAUUCAUGGUUUAUUUAUUUCAAUGAAAACCCAACACAAUGUUUCGUAUUUUUAGAAAACGUUUUGCAGACACUCGAAGAUAACAGUGAAAUUUUAUGGCAAAAGGAAAUUAUAAACGAGUUCUACGUAGCUCUAUUAUUUCAAUAUUAUUCCACUAAUCCUUCAGUUGUUAUUUUGAAUCGGUUAGAUACAGUCCUACACAAAGCCAUUGAAAUAUAUCCGAAUAAUUUAUUUUUGUUAUCUAUUUUGGAUAAAAGGGAAAUGAAACAAAACACUUUGGGCUUGAGGUGGUGGAAAGUGAAAAAAAUGUUGUUAAAACCAGAUAGAGCAAUAUCUUCUUUAUUCAGUAUUAUUAUUGUAAAUAGGAAGAUGGAGAAUUUUCAAGAGAUAUGUGAUACCAUAACCGGUAACAAGUGUGAGGUGUACACAGGCUUAAAAAAUUGUAUGAUGUCUUUGUUUAAAAAAAUUACAACGAAUACUAAUUCCAGAAAAUGUGGUUUGAUAUGGAGAUUGUAUUUACAAUUUGUUUAUGUAAAUUUUUCACCGGAAAUCUGCAGGAAUGUGUAUUAUUCUGCUGUCGAAGAAUGUCCUUGGUUAAAGGCUUUAUACAUGGAUGCUGCAAUUUACAUUCCGGCGGAAUUGACACAAAUUCAAGACUUGAUUAUUGAGAAGCAGCUUAGAUUGCACGUUACUCCUGAAGAACUGGACGUUUUGAGAGGUUAAUAAAAGAUGAAUGUGUAUAAUGUAUCUUCGGGCUAACCAAUGAUGGUUGACCAUAUUCUUCGUAUUAGAAACUACUUUUGUUACUCAAUAAUCAAAAUUUUAAUUCUUAAUCUAUAACCACAACCGUCUUAUCGUGUUGGUUGGUUAACAUACAAAAGUUCAAAAGCUUCAUGUGCACAACUUUGGAAAAAAUUAUACUUUACUAUAGAAAUGGAUAUUUAUGGUCGGUAGAGUCACAUCAAUAUAAGAUAAAAGUAAGUAAAGGAACUUCUGUCUGUCUAAAGGGCACUUCCAAAUAAAAAGUGUUUCAAUUAUAUUCAUAAAAUUAGAAAUUAUAGAAAUCUUAGAUUCCACAUCAUUCAUGUCAAGAAAAUGGUUAGUUAGUUGAUCCCCUCACUAAUAGAUGGCCGUACAAGUCGCUUCACACUUUCGUCUUAUGAAAAAGGUGUAGAUAUUUUUUUAUCUAACAAUUGUAAUAAAUAACUAUUUGUGCCCUUUCACUUAACUAUGACGUAGGUUCCUACUACGAGCGGUUAGUGUAUAACUAUAAAUCUUAACAAAUACAUUACAUUGGUAUAAAGACAAAAAUUAAGUGAUCUGAGAGGAUACGUUAAUAGAGGGUAAAAUAAGGAACACUUUGUAUCUCUUAACUGUAUGAUUAAUAAUGGUUCCUAUUAGUAGUUGUGAAAUAAUUCACACCAGAGAUUGUGUCUCUGUCUGGGUUACAUGUAAUUUUGAAUAGGAAAUUAUCAUGUCAGAACAUUUUGUUAUUUUAAUAAAUAUAUGUUAUAUUCAGAUA